UUUCUUUUUUUUUUUAUCUUCAUUUAAAAUAGUGCAAAAUGAGACAAUUAAAAUACCAUGAACAAAAACUUUUAAAGAAGGUGGACUUCUUGCAAUGGAAAAAAGAUGACACUUUGCGAGAAAUGAAGGUUAUUCGCAAAUACUUUAUUCAGCAGAGAGAGGAUUAUCACAAAUAUAACAAAAUAGUGGGUAGUAUUAGACAACUGGCAAAUAAGAUUUCACUUUUAGAUUCUCGAGAUCCUUUCCGUACACAACAAGAAAAGGCUUUAUUAGAAAAAUUAUACAAUAUGGGUAUUAUUACAGCAACUACAAAAUUCUCCGAUUGUCGUAAAGUAUCAGUAUCCGCUUUUUGUCGUAGACGUUUACCUAUUGUCAUGUGCCGUCUUAAAAUGGCAGAAACAGUGAAAGAGGCUGUGACAUUCGUUGAACAAGGUCAUGUUCGUGUUGGACCCCAAACGAUUACUGAUCCUGCCUUUUUAGUGACUAGAACGAUGGAGGAUUAUGUAACUUGGGUUGAUACUUCGAAGAUUAAGAGAAAGAUUAUGAAAUACAAUGACAAGUUGGACGAUUACGAUCUGUUGUAAAUUAUUAUUACCCAUUGAAUACAGUUAUUUUAUAUAAAUAUAUGUAUUUAUACAUAUUAAAUUCAGCAUUAUAUAUAUAUAUUUUUUAAUAAAGCAGUUA